UGAAUUUCCAAGAUGGGGGCUAUGCUAGGAAUCCCACAGAAAUUUUGCCCCGGUGAAAACGAAACAAACUGGGCAGAUGGAUCUCUGACAACCGAGUUGGCCAAGUAUCCUCUCUUCACCUUGUUGUUUUCCUACGCAUCGGCGGCGAGUUUUAUCGUCCUUGUGAUAUUCUUCGAAGCCGCGUUCUUCACGGCAACGCGAGUUCCUCGAUCGUCCGUGGCUAACCAUCGAAUCAACACUGUUAUCAUGAUGUCAGUGUUUCCCGCGCUGGUAAUCUUUGCCCUACCUGCAGUCCUCAUUCCAAAUGCUGCCGAAUUUUGUCUGGCGAUGGCAAAUUUGUAUUUUGCUUUCGUCAUGUUCAAGUUUGUCGUCUUGCAAGUCGACUACUACGGAGGCCAUCGAAAAAUGAUGGCGAGGCUGGCCGCCGAAAAAGUCAUGUUUAACAUUAAUGUUCCACUGCUCUGCUGUUUCUUCUGCCUCAAACCAGUUCGUCUGACAAGGAAAAGUUUUACGAUGAUCAAGAUGGUUGUACUGCAGACUGCCAUCCUCAAGCCCAUUAUAACCUUCUUCCAAGCAAUGGCCGGUUUUGCCAAUGUGAACCUGCUUGGUAUUCCAGACCUGAUCUUGGAGACCCUGGCAGUCGUGUCUACCAUGACGGCAGUGACGGGAAUGAAUAUGCUCACCAAGUCUUCUAGCAGUAAGGACUUGGAGAAGUACGACCUGCCUGCCAAGGCCAAGUUGAUGACGGCCGGGCUGCUCAUCAUGGGUCUUCAGCCCACCCUCAUAGAGUUGGGGACCCUCAGCAGGCCAUUGGGCUGUUUCAUCCCCUUUCCAUCGAGGUUGCUGGCAUCCCAGUGGCAAGCAUUCCUGCUCAUUCUGGAGUCCACAUUGCUUAUGAUCCCUAUCCUGAGGUAUUACCGGACAGCUGACGGUAACGUGGUGGGCGUGCCCGCGCCCAUCGAAGACGAUGAGGAGGAACCGACCACGGGCUUCGGCAAAAUGAGACAAUGGGUCCGGCGACACACACUGAUGUAAAGGCAGACGAGUCAGGAUAAAUUCUGAUGAAUCACAAGGAGUCUAUAGGUUUAAUGAUACUUUGUACGCUCUUAAAAGACCAGGGACACCUAUGACCCGGAUCCGGAUCAGAUCUGACCUGACACUUUUCCGGGUCAAAAUGACACUUCUCUGAGUCACUUUUCCGGGUCAUUUUGACAUGAAACAUUGUCCGACUUCGACCCCAAAAAAGUGUCAUUUUUGGCAAGGACAAAACUGUCAUUUUGACACGAAAGUGUGUCAAAUCAUCUCUGACCCUGAAUCAGUGUCAAGUUAGACCCAGGAUUUUUAAGGGUGUAAACUAUUCACCAAGUUGAGAAUUCCGUCAAAGUUCAGAAUGGGCGUACUGCAGAAAAAGGUAAAUGUUUUCUUCUAAAUCGAAUGAACAUUGAUACGAAUACAUAGUUCAUUUAUUAAAACAGAGUGGCAUUGUUGUUUGAAAUUUAACAUGUAGGAUUAUAGUACAGUUUAGUUUGCGGAUUCACCAUGCGAAGUUGUCAACUCUGCAGAAGUGACGUUCUUAGAAAAAGGUAAUCUGGUCAGUACUGGAAUUUCUAACAUAAUGUUUCAUUCAGAAAACGUCUUCCCAAUCAUAUGAACUUGCAAAAAAAAGGUUAUAUAUUUCUUGGAAGUGUUCACAGAAUUCAGUGAAACACCCAAAUUCGGUGAGAGUAUGUGCAUUCAUAAUAAUUUUCACUGGUAUGUUACUCCAAACAGUUUUAUACUACAUAACUUGUUGGUCCAGGAUGUUAUCAUAGUAUUUUUUUUCCAGCUUGUAUUUGCUGUUUAAAAUAGAUCGAGGCAAUAUAUAUUUGCCAAAGUUGUAAUUUUGUACAUAAAGAAGAUAAUUAUUUGAACGAUAUCAAUAUCAUCAUGUCGUUUGAAGUAGAUAACUGGAACCAUUAUUAUUACAUUACAGCAACGACCCACUGUUUUUGUAAAAUAGUCCCGAGUUACUUUGUAUUUACUUCGGUAUUCAAUGUCAUUUAUAUUUAAAGGCACAUAGGAUCAUUUGCUUUUGGUGAAUUUGUUUUUGGUUUGAAGCAAACAAAAUUGUUCCCAAUCUUAAGUAGGGUAGGCCGGUGCAUACCUA